UUGCCUAUUUGGACUGUGGUGAUGAGCCCAAUCCUCACGCGUCAACAAAAUUCACGGGAAUUAAGACUUCCUUCCUUCCGCUUCCUCUGCCUUCUGGACAAAUAUUCCGACACAUUCUUUGCGUUUUGGCCUCUUGGUAAAAGAAUUUACAGCUGCAGUUGAUAGCGUCGACUCCCUCACCCCAUAGAGCAGCUUCUCUCUCUCUCUCUCUCUCUCUCUCUCUCGUCUAAACUCAACACUCCAAGAGUCUCUCUCUCUCUGCUCUCGUCUUGCGUCACAAACUAUUACAUCUCAUAUCUACACGAUUAUAACACCCCACACAAGCUUCAGAUCUGGAUUCCCGCUACUCCCCACCAUGGAUUCCGAGCAGCGCCGCAAGAGAAAGCGACUCCUCCCCCUCCGCAGGCCCUCCUUCCAUUACCCCUCUCUAAUUUGGCCCCUCUUCCUCUGUUUCUCCUGCUUUGCUUUCUUCCUCUUCGAUGGCUUCUCCCUUCGCUCUGCUGCCUUCCGCCCUAUUCUUAUCUCCUCCCAUAUAUCGUCUCUCUCCUUUUCUGCGAGCAAUUCAAUUCAAGAUUCAACUCUGGGAUUGCCUUCCUUUAGAAUCGAGGAUCGAGUCUUAUUCCCGGACCAUAUUUUGCUGUUUGUCUCUAACUCCAGGAGUACCGGUUCUAGCAGUAGUCUUUCUUAUCUGCUGCGCUUGCAUCAGGAUGGUGAAUUGGAUUGCGUCUAUCAAAAAAUCCGGAACAAUUCGGAUAAGGCCAUACAGACGAGAAGCCAAAUCUCCGCUCCUGCUCUGUCGGUUGACCAAUACGACGAUUCACGAUCAAUUGUUCGGUGUCCGUUUCCGCCGGCGAAUUUCUCAGUUGCGAUCAAUUUGCGGAGGAAAGGACAGCAUGGACGCGGUGACAGGUGGUUUGUACAGAUGGAUCGGUCGGUUCAUUCGUGGGAGACUCUGGUGUAUGGUGCAGCUUUGGAUAGGGGCACGGCUGUCGUCUUUGUCAAAGGCUUGAAUCUUCGGUCGUUCAGGGAAUCGGAUCCAACCCAAUUCAGUUGCCACUUUGGUUUGGGGGAUUUGGAUAAAGGAAGCGGUUUUUCUCUCAGGACUCACGCCGUUACAGCAGCUCAGGAAGUCGUCCGGUGCUCCCUCCCUCUUAGCAUCAGAAAGAAUCCCGAUAAAGCUCAGGGAAUCCGAGUCACCAUCAGUGUUGCCUCCCAUUCCAAUACCAACCAUCGAGCUGCUUCUGCUCGCGUUCCUCUGCCUUCGGUCGCUAAACUUUUUGACUCCAACAACUCAGAAGGCAAACAGAAGAGUAGGACGAAUAAGAGGAAGAACUAUGAACUUUGCGCGUGUACCAUGCUCUGGAACCAAGCCUCGUCGCUUCGGGAGUGGAUUGUCUAUCACGCCUGGCUUGGUGUGGAGCGCUGGUUCAUCUAUGACAACAACAGCGAUGACAACAUUAAGGAAGUAAUCGACGAGCUAGACAAAGAAGGUUACAACGUCAGCAGGCACAUAUGGCCAUGGAUCAAGACCCAAGAAGCUGGGUUCUCCCACUGCGUGCUCAAGGCCAGGGAUGAAUGUAAAUGGAUUGGAUUCAUGGACGUUGAUGAAUUCUUCUACUUCCCCUUCCCGACUUCUCAACACCGUUCCAUGGGCUAUCCUGGUCAGCAUUCAUUCCAAUCCCUGGUUGCAAAUUUCUCCUCCUCGACGGUAAUUGGUGAGAUCAGGACUGCCUGCCACAGCUUUGGGCCAUCGGGAUUAAGCACACCCCCGUCGCAGGGAGUGACCGUGGGUUAUACCUGCCGGCUCCAAAGCCCAGAAAGACAUAAAUCCAUUAUCCGUCCAGAAGCUCUAGACGAUACCCUACUCAACGCGGUGCACCAUUUCCGUCUCAAGUCAGGGUACAGAUACAUAAACCUACACCAGAGCACCGCUGUGAUAAACCAUUACAAGUAUCAAGUUUGGGAAGUCUUCAGAACCAAGUUCUUCAGAAGGGUUGCCACCUAUGUUGCCGACUGGCAAGAAAAUCACAACGAGGGAUCAAAGGACAGAGCACCUGGGUUGGGGACUGAGGCCAUUGAGCCACCUAAUUGGCCACUUCAAUUUUGCGAGGUCUGGGACACAGGUCUCAGGGACUUCGUCAUAGCUAACUUGGCCGAUCCUGCUUCUGGGUUGCUGCCCUGGGAGAGGUCUCUGAUGUAAACAAAACUACCGUGGUCGUGCAGCUUGUCUGCCCUUGCAAAACGAAUCACACACACAACCAGCCAUUCUUUCUCUUCAUUGUUUCACUUUUUUUUCUGUUUUUUUUUUUUUUUUUUCAUUUGCCUGACAUGAAACCCAUAAGAAGCCAUAGAAGAUAUAGAGAAACAGAGUUCUUACAAAAUUGUAAUUCUGUAAACAUGUUACGGGAUUUCUUGUUCAUAUGCUCCUUGAAUGAUUUUAUUUAUUGAUUCA